AAAAAAAAUAAAUAAAGCAAAUUUAUAUGGAUUUUGGAGAUCAGUCACGCUCAUUAGAUUCAUCUUCCGAUCGGGAGAUCAUUUUGAACAUCAAAUCUCAAUUAUACGGCAACUGUUCAGAUUGCAAACAACAACGAACUGCGGCAGCAUGGUGUGAAAAUUGCGAUAUUGCAAUUUUGAAAGAAAAUUUCCGCAAUUGGACCAGCGGAAAUCCUAGUAUAGAUGAAUUUAUUAGAUAUACCCAAUUAACUGCCAAUGAGAAUAUGGACUAUCUCGAAUGGAUUGAUUUCAAUCAAUUUGACUUAGUAAAAAAUACUAAUAAAAGAGGCGCUUUCAGCUCAAUAUAUUCUGCCAUAUGGAUGGAAGGUCCACGGUGGAAUCUGGACGAAGAAGCUGAAGUAUGGUCCCGUAAUGGUCCGAUUAAGGUUAUAUUGAAACGUUUAGAUAAUUCUCAUAAUAUGAGUCAAGAAUUUAUAAAUCAAUUACGCAAAUAUCAUAAAUGUUUACAAAGUGGAGCACUAGCAGAUUGCUUUGGUAUAACCAAAGAUCCGACGUCAUGUUAUAUGUUUGUUCUAAGGUAUUACAAAAAUGGAAAUUUGUACUCAUAUCUUGAAGAAUCUAUGGGGAUUAUUUGCUGGAGAGAUAUUGUGGAUAUGUUGUGGUCAAUAUCUGCGGGUCUUAAUGUCAUUCAUGAACUAGGUCUUGUACAUGGUCAUUUGCAUGGAGGUAAUAUACUAGUUGAAAAUGAAAUGGAUUCAGUUGAUGCUAAAAUCGCCGACACUGGACUCCACGGACCUGUUGACAAAUCAGUGUCAUCUCAACAAAUUUAUGGCGUAUUACCUUUUGUUGCUCCAGAAAUAUUGGAUGGGAAUAGUACACCAACCAAAGAAUCUGAUAUCUAUAGCUUCGGUAUGAUCAUGUGGAUGUUAUCAGCUGCUACUCGUCCUUAUUACGAUAAACCUCACGAUAAACAACUUAUUCAGGAAAUCUAUUCAGGGCUAAGACCAAGCGUUGUUGGUGGUACUCCGUCUGUUUAUUCUAGAUUAAUGUUACAAUGUUUAGAUGGUAAUCCAUCAAAUAGACCAACAGCAUCUCAACUUUAUGAUUGCUUCGGAAACUGGAUCUCGGAAAUUUGUGAUAAUCCUGAUCCAUCCGAUUUAUCUAAUCAAUUUGAUGCUGCUGAAGAAGUAAAAUUUUCAAAUUUGGAAAAUUUAGAUUUUGAUAAAUCACAAUGUCAUGAAAAAGCCAUUUAUUUCAGCCGUCCAUUAGAAUUUUCAGACUCCAAUAAUCCAUUUUUUUGUGGAAAAAUGUAAAUAAAUUAUUCAAAUUUAAAAGCAUUCCGCAUUAAGCACUUAACUUUACUAAAAUCGUUAAUAAAGUUAAUAUUAAUCUUAGGUAAGAAAAAUUAGUUUUUUCGUUUUUAAUUUCGUUCUUA